UCGAUGUUCCCUCAGUCUCACUAGUCGUUCGAGAACCACCAAGGCGAAUACACGAAAAGCGCACUGUUUUUCCAACCACACCAUAUUCCUACCCAAAAACCAUUAUAUUCACUCUCACCCAAGAGAGAGAACUCUGUAUUCCAUAACUCUCUCACUCUCAACAUAGAACAUUUUUCUGUGAAAGACAUUAUUCUUGCAAUUUUUCCAAUCUCUAUACCAGUGUUUCGUGUUCUAUUCGGGAAAUCAGUGCUCUGGAACUCUUACGUAUUGAAUCAACGGAACUCCUGGAUGAGGACAUUACCGUUGUAUUUUUUUUUGGCUUUGAGAGUUCCUGUGGACAAAUUCUAUAAUUCUUAACUUAGGUCAUCCUGUAUAAGAACUUUCUCUUUCUCUUUCGCGGGUUUACCAAAAGUAGUGUAUAAGACCACAAAUAUUUUCCACAUUGUUUACUUGAGGCAAUUGUGUGAAGAAAGAAAAAAAGAGUGAAAAGAAAAGUGUGAAUCCGAUUUUUAAAUAAGUCUUUUUGGAAGAAUUUAUUAGUGACUUGUGUGCCUUCUUUUUUCCGCUCAAUUAACACACAUACAGAACCCAGUGAAGAAGCAGAAAAUUUUGUGCCAUAUAGCCCCGAAGCCCCUGUUAUUCCCUGGUGAAGCAACACAAGAGCAGCAGGAGCUCCACUUUGGCCAUACACACGUGUACUACUCAUCGCCAAGUCAGAGAGGAUAUUAUUGGACAUAGAAUGCGCAUCCUCUGGCGUGGGCAGUAACACCUGAAACACAAGAAAAAUGGACGCUCCAUCGAUGGUGCAGCGCUCGGGGGACACUCUAAUUGUGCGGAGUGUAGUGAGUGGCAAUCAAUUGUUCCUGGACAAUGGUCAUAUAAAUUCCAAUCCCCCGGGAGAAAUUCCUGCACCCCUAAGUUACACAGACGACUGCCUCGACGAGGCCAUUGACGAAGAGAGUAUCGAGGAGGACGGUGACGAACCACCUCCAGAUCUCGGUCAGGGUGCCAAAGACGAAGAGUUACCACAGUGCAAAAUCAAGAGAAACUACUCCUGCAACAGCUGCACCUACUUCACCCAGAAUCCACGACUCUAUCUCACACACCUGCGGGACAAGCACGGUGAGAAGAUCGUAAUCAACGAGUGCAAGCACUGCCUCUACGCCUCAAGGCACUACCAGAAGCUUGUACGACACAUGAAGAUGGUACACGGGUCAACAGAGGGCCUCGAGGAGCACCAUCAGUCACGCAAGCGUGCUCAUCAGAUGAUCAGGGAGAUCAAGAAGCGCCGCGUGACUUCGGAGGAGGUCAUCCCGCCCACAGAUUCUGAAGAAUUACCACCCUUCGGGACCAAUACAAACACCCACACAGUGGGUGAACUCAAUAAACUCCUAAAGUGCAGCGUAUGUGACUUUACCACCCUCAGUCGGAGUCAGCUGACGGAUCACGAGAGGAAUGAUCACAUCAAAACUAAGUUCUUCAGGUGCAGCAAAUGUAGCUACGUGACACACAUCAAGGCACGCUUCAGCAAGCACGUGAAGUAUCAUUCCAUGCCAAUGAUAAAGUGCAUCAUGUGUGACUUCCGGACACCCUACAAAUGGAAUCUCGAUCGACAUAUGAAGAAUCAUGGGGGCACGGGACCUUUCAAAUGCGCCGCGUGCAACUUCACCGCCGACAUCAAGCAAAGUCUCACGGUACACGAGAUGAAUCACCACGUGCCGCCAGUGGGACAUGCCUCCGGGAUGAGCAUGCACAGGCGGAAGAACAAAGUGGGAGGAACGGAUGUACCAGAUGAUCCAUCUGAUGACCUAAUGUACCGCGAAAAUGCAGAUUCGGAUAUGAACUUCGAUGAAUCCCUCCCAUUGAUUGCCAACAACAACAAUCGGGAUGUAAAACCCUUCAAUUCGGACAUGGUCAAUGAUUCAGGUUUCCUCUCAUCCUCCGUAUCAGAUCACACUGUAUCCCCACCGUCUGGUAUAAAGAAGGUGCCACGUCCAAUUCCCAACUUGAUACCUAUUCAAAAUGCAUCUACAGCCCUCAAUUUAUCUGUGGGCCGCAAAGGGGAUGCACCAUCACAAUCAAUUUCUGAUUUAUGUGCAAAUUCAUCCACGAGUGCUCUAAAAGACUUUGCCUCCCUAUUUGCGGGUGGUAGAGAAAUUUUCUCGGAAGCAAUAAAGAGUGAGGCACCCCCACAGAUGUCUCCAUCAUCCACCAACUCCUUCAAGAAGAAGCACGCAAGUUUCUUUGAUAAAUUGCGCGAGAAAUGCGUCACAAAUUCCGGCGUGGGGACAAAUAUGACGUGUUCCUGUGGGCAUGUGUCCAAGUGCCUCUCAGAAGCACUCAUCCAUCAGGACUCGUGCAAGAAGCAACUGGAGAAUAGUCGUAAGAGUACCUCACCCAUUAAUCUGAGCAUGAAUGUUGGUUCAACGAGAUGCCAGAUUUGUCGUCAUCGCUGCAAGUCUAGUGCUGAUCUUAUUGCACACAUGCAGACAUGUAUUGAGCAGAAGAGUACAGGAGGAGAUUCCAUGGAGGAUUCAGUGUCUGAGGUGGAUAAUUCAGACAAGGAUGGAGGACACGAUGAGGAUAUGGCUGAUGAUGCAUCCAGUGACAAUCAGAAGGAACCCCAUCCGAUGGAAAAUGUGGUAUUUGUAUGGAAUAAAAUGCCUGAACAACCGGAACAGUUCCUGCCGACGAAGCAGGAACCUCAGACGCCAUCUGGAGCUUCUGAAACCGAACCCGUAUCCCGGGAUGAUCCAAAUACAUACUGUGGAGUGGAAACAGCUCCAGGGUAUGGCGAAGUGACCAAGAAGAUUCAGAAGGUUGAAGAACAGCCAUCAAAUUCGUGCCUCAAGAAGGUUUUCAAAUGUCCCCAUUGUUCUUUCUGGGCAUCCACAGCAUCUCGAUUUCAUGUUCAUAUUGUUGGGCAUCUCAAUAAGAAACCCUUUGAAUGUUCCCUGUGUUCUUAUCGAUCAAAUUGGCGCUGGGACAUCACAAAACACAUCCGGCUAAAGACAAUUCGGGAUCCAUCUCAUAAGACAGCUCGUGUGCUGAUGAAUGAUGAAACCGGCCGAAGGAACUAUACAAAAUACAACAAAUACAUUACCUUGAUGAAGGUGACGGAUGAAGAUGGCAAUCUCAAACUUAUGAAAUCCGGUGAGAUGACACCAAAUCAAGAAGCUGCUCUGCAGACGCCAAAUCUCAGUGCCACAGGAAAAACUACACCAGACUUUGCCAUGCUGAAGAAAUUGAAUCAGAAUGAAAAUCUUCAGGUGGCACCUGUUCUCCAGGAUGCUCCACCUUUUGUCACAAUUGCUUUUAAGAAUCUGGAGAAGAACAAUCUCCUCUCGGUUCAGGAUCUCCCCUUCAUGAUGACCACUGCUGGAGUUACGGGAGAAAGUAUUGCUGAGUCCUUUGGAGCGCUGGCAGCUAAGGCAACAAAUCAGGAGAGUGAUUCCAAGAAAACACUGUUCAAGUGCAAGAAGUGCCAAUUCAAACAUGCCAAUCGGGAAACGGUUUUGGCCCAUGUGAAGAGACACUAUGAGGAAGCGGGUCUGCUGCUGGACAACAGUGCCUCAUGUGGUGACAAGAAGCCCCUUGUUGGACUGCCGGAAGACUUGAAGCAAGUGCUGACGGGGCAAAAGUGUGAGGCUCUAGUAGCGCCGCAAAUGCCGGCGGCCGCAAUGGUGCUGAUACCCAGCAAUAAUAACAAUAACAAUAAUAAUGAGAACGGUGAGCUGGAUGAGGCAAGUUCUGGGGGUACUACGGUGAUGCCUGGCUGGCGAGGUGCAACAGCAACAUAUCGCUGUGGCCAUUGUCACCAGGUUUCAAAUUGGAAGCAUGUCAUCCAGCGUCACUGUCGAUUAAAGCACAAUGGGGAUAUACAAAUUGAAUUGAUGGAACCAAAUGGGAAGGUGGCACUGAGGAAAAUCACGAGCAGCACUCAAGUACCUGCACCAGUUAAUGCAACAGCACCACAGAAUUCACCGGAAAAGGACAAAGCCCAUCAGGGCGAGAUGGGAAGUUCAAUGGAGGAAUCUAAUGCUCUCAAAUGCCAUAUUUGUCCUUUCAGUGUGUGUUCUAAAGAAGGGAAUAGUAGGGAGAUGUUUAAGGUGCACAUGACCAAACAUUCAAUGGAGGAGCCUUCGACAUCAAAGGAGAAAAAUGAAGUUACUCCAGUUGAUGUAGAGGCCAGUAGGGAUGUCAAAGCUGAUCCAGAUGGGUCACCUUUACAAUCCCCGUCACAGCAAAUGGUAAAGGAACCUGCAGUUGUACCCAAGAGCAAGAGAUACAAUUGUACAGCUUGUCCCUAUGUCACUGACAGUAAAUCCCAGUUUGUCUAUCAUAAAUCCUUCCAUAAGCCUCGUGGGGAGCAAUUUAAGUGCACCUAUUGCACGUACAACGUGACAAAGAAGCAUCUUCUAAAUCAACAUGUUAAGCUGCAUCGCAAUGAAGAAGUUCCUCUUGACAGUGUUAAAGAAACAUCUCCUCCACCUAAAAAUGAAAAUGUUGAAGCUCCUAUUCUGCCUGCUCCUCUUCCUGUAGCUAUUGAAAAGGCCAAAAUUACCCUUCCAACAUCAGAUGCUGAAAUUUUGGAUGAUCGUCGAUUUCUGCAUUUCUGUGACAAGUGUCCGGCGAGAUUUCUCUGUGAAUGGGAAGUGAAGAUUCAUGGGAAAAGUCAUUCAGCUGGAAUGUCCCAUUGUUGCAGUAUUUGUACAUUUUCCAGUCGUCAGGAAUCCCUCUUGCAGGGACACAUGAUAGUUCACAGUGGACAGUAUCAGGAGGAAACGAAGGAUCUCGAGAAGAAGUACAAGAUUUCCAGUGAAAAUCCCAAGCCAGUUUUGGUGUCUGCAAAACAUGAAAAUGCCACUGAAAUGUGGACAGUUUCACUUCCAAAGGUGACUUCUUCCUUGGUAAAUCCCGUGGAAGAUCAUGAGGCGCAAAAGGAGCAAAAAAUCACACGAAAUUGUCCAAAUUGUCCAUUUGUGGUGGUUCUAACGGCUGGAAAUGAAGGAAAUGGUGAGAAGCAGCUGGAAGAUCACAAACAGCAUCAUGUGGGAUCAUCAAGUGGAAAGUAUCGGGUUUGUUGUAGUUUCUGUGACUUUGCCACAAAUACAGAAAAAGCCCUGAAGGAACAUACAAAGUGGCACUUUGCUGGGUCCAAGAAGAAGAAUCACAAUGUGGAAUUUUUCACAAAAUUCGACAAUAUUUCCAUUUUUACGGAAACUGGUGAGGAGACGACGGUAAAUGGUGGAGAGAAAACUGAAGAGGACAAAUGUGGCACAAUUAAUGGGGAAAAUCCCAAGAUGAUCUUUGAUGAGCAAAAAAUGUCACUGGACACAUCACGAUCACCAUUGGCUGAGGAAAAUAAGAUCUAUAUCAAUUUGAAAACUGGUGAAAUCAUCAAGAAGCACGCAAGUAGAUUUUAAAAUCUGUUAUUAGCUAAUUUAAUAAUCUUUAAAAAAAACAACAACAAAUUCCUAGUGAAAUAAUUUCCUUUGUUAUUUUCUUUAAUUUUUUCUUGUAUUAUUGAUUUUUUUUCCAUUGAAAUAAUACUGGUGAAUUAUGGUUGCAAUAUUUUAAAUAUUUUUUUGUCUUCUUAUUAAUAUUUGUACAUUUGAAAAAGAAAAAUUUCCAUUGAGUUUAUUCUAUUCAUCUUAGAAGUUUAAUGAAGAAAUAAAUAUAUAUUAAAAAAAAAACAAACAAACAAAUUAGAAAUGGGCCAUUACCAAUAAUUUAUUAUUUAAAAUAAAUUAAUUGAAAAAAAUAAUAUAUGAUAUAUAUUUUGAAGGAUGCAGUUGAAAUAAUGUGAGGAUCAUUACUAUUUUUAGUUAAUAAAAGAUUUAAAAAAAAAGAAAAAGAACAUGUAACAUUUCACCAAAUCACAAUCAAAGUCAUUUUAUUUUAAUUAUUAAUUAAAUAAAAAUAAAAAAUAUAUAUUCUUGUGUCAUUGUAAUAACGAAAAAAUUACCAUUUUACCAUUUAUUAUUAGUGAUUAUUUAAAUUAAAAAAGAAAAGAGAAGAAGUAUCUAUAUACAAAAUUAAUAUAAAUAUUAUGAAAUCUAUAUUUGUUUUUCAUAUUAAUUCAAUUAAUAUCUCUACCAUAGAAUAUUUUAGAAGUGAUUAGUGAAUUAGCAAAAAAAAAAGAAAACAAAAUACGGAAAGAGGAUAUUAGUGAACGUCGUGAUUUAGGAAAUGCUUUAACAUUGUAGAAGAAUUAUUUUACCACAAAAAAAAACACAUUUAUAAAAUUCACACAUAUAUAAAAAAAAACAUGGAACCAAUUAGGCGAAAAUAGAAUGAGAAAAUAUAAAUUCUCAAAGAAAAAAAAAGAUGAUAAAAAAUAUAAGAAAAUCAAUUAUGUCAAGUGAAUUAUGGAAAAAUGUAUACAACAACAGAAAAAAAAUGGAUGAAGUGUAGAAGUAGUUGACCACAAAAAUAAGAUAAAUUUUUACCAAAGCAUUUUUGCCAAAUGAAUCCUAAUGUAUAAGUGAAAUAUUUAAUAUAUAGAAUACAGGAGAUGUAAAAUACAAAUUAUAUACGCGGAUGUUUGGUAAAUAAACUCGCAUCACACAUAGA